AUGAUGAGUCAGCAUCCCAGACCCGCGCGCGAUGGUCGUGCGGCGCACGCCGAGCUCGUCAUGGUGGACCAACGCGUGCUCGCUGUGAACUCGCCUGUGCUGGAGGACCCGCCGCUGGACUUUGCGCCACUGCCUGCGGUGUCAUCCCAGCUGGUCGUGUUCGAUUUUGACUGGUCACUGGCCGAUCAGGACACGGACCGGUGGGUCCACGAAGUGCUCUCACCGCGCCUGCGCAUAGAGUUUGUGCAGAAGAAGCCUACGAUGCAGUUCACCGACAUGUGCGCGUAUCUGCUGGUGGAGCUGCACAAGGAGGGACACUCGCGCGAGGCGAUCGAGGAGGCGCUGCGGUCCAUGCCCAUGCAUCCCGCCAUGAUCCGCGGCGUGCGCGCGCUCGAAGAGUCUCACCCGCAUACCGACUUUUUCCUGCUGUCCAACUCGAACGAAGUGUACAUCCACACGAUCCUGCCGAGCAAGGGCCUGAUGGACCCCCCGCUGUUUAAAGAGAUUGUUACGAACCCUGCGCAUUGGGAGCCUAGUGGGCUCCUGCGUCUGUCGCGCCGCAUUCCGCCGGACGGACCGCAGCACGCCUGCCGCGUCGGAUGCAGUGCGAACAUGUGCAAGGGAGAUGAGCUUGAUGCGUUCCGCGCGCGGCACGCCAGCUCCAACUACGAGCGCAUUGUCUACGUGGGUGACGGCGGCAACGACUACUGUCCGGUCCUGCGGCUAGGCAAAAACGACGUCGCGCUCGUCCGCCGUAACCGGGGUCUGGCGAAGCGCAUCCUGGAGGAAGGGGGUGUGCAGUGCACUGUGCGCUACUGGAGUGGGGCGUGGGAGGCAGAGCAGCUGCUGCGUCGGCUGGGCGCCGCGGCCAGCGCGUCAGACGCGCUCUGA